CGUGGAAUCCGGCGACCGCUUCGCAGAAUCAUGAUGUUUCGGGAUCAAGUGGGAAUGCUUUCGGGAUGGUUUAAAGGCUGGAACGAAUGCGAACAGACUGUUGCUUUGCUCUCCCUCCUGAAAAGGGUGAGCCGGACCCAAGCCAGGUUCCUGCAGAUCUGCCUGGAGCACUCGCUGAUUGAUUGCACGGAACUGCACAUACUUGAAGGGGAGGCCAACAAUCCCGCAAUCAUUAACCAAUGGCAGCAGGAAUCCAAGGACACGGUGAUCUCUCAGCUGCUCACCCACCUGCCUUUGCUGAAGCCUGGGAACAUGGACGCCAAAAUGGAGUACAUGAAGCUCUUGCCGAAACUCCUGGCUCACUCGAUAGAACACAACCAGCACAUCGAGGAGAGCCGGCAGCUGCUGUCCUACGCCUUGAUCCACCCGGCCACGUCGCUGGACGACCGCAGCGCGCUGGCCAUGUGGCUCAACCACCUGGAGGACCGCACGUCUGGCAAUUUCGGCACCCAGGGGCGGUGCCGCUCCGACUCGCUGGAUUAUGGGCAAAUGCAUUAUUACCACCAAAGACAGAACUCGGACGAUAAACUCAACGGCUGGCCGAACUCUCGCGACUCUGGGAUCUGCGUCAGCUCCUCCAACUGGCAGGACAAGAACGUGGGCUGUGAGAAUGGACAUUUGCCCCUCUACUCUUCCUCCUCCGUCCCCACCACCAUCAACGCUAUUGGAACGAACACAAGCACAAAUGUCCCCGCGUGGCUGAAAAGUCUCCGCUUGCACAAGUACGCGGCCUUGUUCUCACAGAUGACGUAUGACGAGAUGAUGUCCCUGAACGAGUGUCAGCUCGAGGCUCAGAAUGUCACCAAAGGCGCCCGCCACAAAAUCGUCAUCAGCAUCCAGAAGCUGAAGGAGAGACAUAUACUUCUGAAGUCCUUGGAAAGGGACAUCCUGGAAGGAGGGAAUCUUCGGGGGCCCCUGCAGGAACUGCACCAGAUGAUCCUGACACCAAUCAAAGCGUACUCCUCCCAGAACAACAAUACGGAAGACCACAGCCGGGAGUCCGAGUCCCAGCCAUCGUUGGGGGGUCUGGGAUUGGAGAACAAAGACUCCGCCUCUGGCGGCAUGCAGCAGCAUCAUAUGGGCAACUGUGAGGGGGAGAGCGGGAGCACCCCGUUACCAGAGGGCGACCUUCCGGGACAGUUCACCAGGGUUAUGGGUAAAGUUUGUACACAGCUCCUGGUCUCCAGGCCGGAUGAAGAGAACAUCAGCUCCUACCUGCAGCUGAUCGACAAAUGCCUUAUUCAUGAAGCCUUCACGGAGACCCAGAAGAAGAGACUGUUGUCAUGGAAACAGCAAGUUCAGAAGCUGUACAGGUCUUUUCCACGGAAAACCCUCUUGGAUGUUGCUGGGUACCGGCAGCAGAGAAACCGCGGGUUCGGACAGUCGAACUCGCUCCCUACAGCUGGAUCUGUAGGUGCCGCCAUCGCCAGGAGAAACCCGCGCCAGUUCCAGAUCCCGUCCCGCAACCUGCCCAGCUCACGGCUUGGGAUACUGGGACCGAGCAGCCUCCUGGGAGUGACGCAGAGGGCGGCGUCCAGCAACCCGGCAAUGCUGAAGCAGGGCAGGCAGAACCUGUGGUUUGCGAACCCCGGAGGAAGUAACAGCAUGCCGAGCCGAUCCCACAGUUCCGUACAGAGAACCCGAUCACUGCCCGUCCACACCUCUCCGCAGACCAUGCUUAUGUUUCAACAGCCAGAUUUCCAGGUACCAGCAACAGAGCCAGAUAUCAAUAACCGGCUGGAAUCGUUGUGUCUGAGUAUGACUGAGCAUGCCUUGGGUGAUGGCGUAGACAAGACCUCUACAAUCUAGGAGCAGAACAGUAUUUUGUGGCAGCGCUGGACGUAGCACACAGAACUGCUGGUCCGGUGUCUGGAAUUGCUGACUCUUCCUGUCCUCCCCCAGAUGUGCUAAACACAGUUUUGCCUUUUUUGGUUUAGAUUUUUUUGGAUUAUUGUACCAAGAAGAGAAGAAAAAAGGAAAAUCGCCUAAGCUGUGCUUGCAAAAAAAUGUAUAUUGUUAUUAUAAUGGAACGAAAAGUGAACUUUUUUAUUUUGUCCUUCGAUCGGUUUCCUGAAUGAAAAGCUUUAUGUUCGGAAUGGGAAAUGCACGACUGGAAGUGGGACUGCCAGCGGGCACCGGCAUGUCUGGCCCGUUAAGCGGGGAUGAGACAUGUGACCAAACGAUGGCCUAUGGGGAGGUGGAAGGGGUUCUCCAGUAAGGAUGUUAAACUCUUGCAACUUCGGGAGGAGGGUUAUUCUGCGGUGUA